GGCUUUAUUUAUCUUUUUUUAAACAGCAGAUGAAGCAGAAGUUUUGUAUUAAAGACAUGUAAAUAGCAUAAAUUCAAUCCUGUAAUACAGCAAGAACUUAUCUGAAAAGUAGAUAAUAAGACUUCUUGACAUGGUCUUCUGGAAUGUCCCCAGGGUUUCCUGAGAACUUGAAUGGACUCCAUGAGAAAUUAACAGGCAAAAAAAUCAGAGAAACACAGCCAAUUUUCUAGCACUUUGCCUCCUAAUGUAAGAUUCUGGGAAAUUGUUAACUAACUGGUUCCACAGGCUGAAGUUUGAAACCUCACUGGUUUGGAUGACACAAAACUUUUUACUGUGCACUGACAGAAAGAACAAUUGCAAAGCAACUUGAAGGCUACAUGUAUGUUUUAUGUCAUUAAGAUUUAUUCUCAAACUUUACAUCCAUGACAUUUGACACCCUAUCACACAUGCACCCCCCCUCCCCCCCCUAUGCCUAUGGGGCAGAAACGAUUUUGCCACCAUAGGCCCAAUCGUGAUUAUCAUUUUGAAAUUGGGUUGUUCUUAUCUUGAACCUUGCAAGCAGGUUCAAGGUUUCCAUGAAGUCUUAGCUGUAUUUAUUUUAUGGGAGCAACUGAAAUCCGCCCAAUCCAUUUGACAAAGAUGGGAGAUUAAAAGCAUACUGUACUCGUUUCAAACGACGGCCCGGUCCUGCUUUGACAAGUUUCUCCAAAAUCACAUCUGGGAGGGGCAGAGAAUUUGAGCCUGGAUCGCCUCCUAAGAGGCGGGUCACAAGCUCCGGCAUCGCUGCCUCCGUCCUCCAGCCUCUCCGCCUCCGAGAGCUCUGGAUCUCCGCCGACCGCGGAGGCUUCUGUCCUGAACUCCCUCCACCACCAUCCCCGCCCCUGCCUCUUCCCGCGAUCAAGCCGGCCGGAGCGAGGCUGAGAUAAUUCCGGGGGCGGAACUUUCCUCGCGGCUCUCCUGCCUGAGGCGAGACAGGAAAAGUGUCCGCCUGGAGUAGCCCAGGUGAAGAAGAGGCUCGCUCUGCUUGCGCGCUGGUGUCUGGAGUACUUCCAGACGGUCGAAGAGUAACUUCUUGCGUUGCCAAAAAUCACAGCCCGACAAAUCCAGGGAGAUGUUUUCUGCACUGUGGCUUACUUCUUGGAUUUAUCUCCUUCAUUUUUCUUUCAGCUGUUGUGAGGAGACCAUUGUUAGUUUAUCCGCUAAAGAAGAGCCAGGAACUGUCUCUUGUCUAUCAGGUAGCCAAUCUAACCAUGUUGUGACUUGGUAUAGAAAAGAUAUUGAGAUGCCUAUAACUACAGAUAACUCCUCCCGGGUUUUUCAGCAAGCAAACUUGCUUUGGUUUUAUCCUGCAAAACUAGAAGAUUCUGGAAUGUAUCGAUGCAUUUAUAACUCCACAAGAGUUAACAAAUCCCUAAUAGUGUUUGAGAACAGCGUUGGAUUGUGUUUUAAUAAAGGAAUGGUUUUUGAACAGAAAAUUCCAUUAGAAUAUAAUGGGAAGCUGACUUGUCCAGAUCUUCAAAAUUUCAGAAAUGAUGAAAAUGCUCCUUUUGCUUUACAAUGGUAUAAGGAAUGCCAUUUGCAUUUAUAUGAAGACUGGAAAUUUAGCAGUUCUGGAGAACAUCUUCUCAUUAAUAACGUAACUAAGGAAGAUGAAGGAAUUUAUAUAUGCAGAGCUAAACAUAUAUAUCAGGGGAAAGAAUAUAAUAUUUCACGGGCCAUCAAACUAAUUACAUUUGAAACACCAAAGAAAUAUCCAGAUAUAAUUUAUCCAAAUAACAACUCAAUUGAAGUAAAACCAGGUUCCAGAUUUGACCUGAUAUGUAAUGUCUCAGCAGAUCCUCUGGAUAAAAUGGUAAUUGUAACCUGGAUGUUCGAUAAUGAGAUAUUAAACACAAAUGAGAAGGUUCAGUUUCUUUCUGGAAAACAAAUAAUAGAAGUAAAAUUAAACAUUUCCAAAGUGAAAGACAGGGAUUAUGGAAAAUAUUUGUGUGAAGUAUGGUCUGAACGUGUGAUACAAGUAGCAUAUGUAAUGCUAAACUAUCCAGCUCCAAACGUUCAGAUUUAUAUGAUUGGAGGAUUGAUUUCACCUUUGUUUAUUAUAGUAGCAUCACUGCUCACUUACAAAUUUUUCAAAGUUGACAUCGUCCUUUGGUACCGGGAUUCUUGCCAACAUCUCAGCAAAGGAACUUCAGAUGAAAAGGUCUAUGAUGCAUAUGUGUUAUAUCCUCACAAUGUAUCAGGCUCUGUAUAUUUGACUGAAACCUUUGUCUUCAAAUUAUUACCUGAAAUCCUAGAAAAACAGUGCGGAUACAAGCUCUUUAUUCUUGGAAGGGAUGAUGUGCCAGGGCAAGCUGUCAUUACUAUUGUGGAUAAAAUGAUCAAGCUAAGCAGAAGAGUGAUCAUUAUUUUAAUGCCAGAUCUAUAUUGUGGUGGCAGGCAGAAUUUGUUCUCUGAACAGGAACUUGCAGUCUACAGUGCUCUUAUACAGGAGGAAACCAAAGUUAUAUUGAUUCAGCUAGACAAAAUAAAAGAUUUCAAUAGUAUUCCAGAAUCCCUCAGAUAUCUUAAGCAAAAGCAUGGCAUACUCACAUGGAGGGGAACUUUUACAGAAACCACUGAAAUGGCAACUACAAGGUUUUGGAAGAAUGUGAGAUACCAGAUGCCAGCCAGUCCAAGCCCACUUUCCUCAAACUUGCAUUUUUUGCCAAUAACUUUUCACUCUUCUCAGAUAUCAGAUGGAUGAUGUCAAAGCCACACCUGCAGUGUUUACUUGAAAUCUAUUCCAGUGGAUCCUUAUAGAUGCACAAACCUGUGCACCUGCUAGAGAUUGUUCCAAGUCUUGGAUCAACAGAAACACAAUUCAGAACAGUAUUUUCUGAAAGUUUAUUUACCCAUAGGCUGUGAAGUGCAUGAGCUACUUGGGCAAGUGGCAAAAUAACGUGAAUGCUGGACAAGGAAGAAGUUGAAAUUGUUUUUGCAUACUAUUGUUUUACAUGCAAAAUAAGUGAGUAUAUAAGGAGCUAUUUUAU